CUCCUAGCAUUGACGAUGUCUAAAUCAGGAAUGAGGAUCACCUUCUACGAAGGGAAGAAUUUCCAGGGCCGCCGCUAUGAGUGUGACCGGGACAAUUCGGAUUUCCACAAUGAGCUGAGCCGUUGCAAUUCCAUCCGUGUGGACGGAGGUGCCUGGGUUAUAUAUGAGCGACCAAACUUUGCAGGGAACAUGUAUGUGCUGACCCAUGGGGAUUAUCCUGAAUACCAACGCUGGAUGGGCCUUAACGACCGCAUCAGCUCAUGCAAAACCGUUCAGCUACUCAGCGGAGGCAAACACCAGAUCCAGCUCUUUGAGAAGGGUGAGUUUAGUGGCCAGAUGCAUGAAUUCAUGGAUGACUGCCCUUCUGUCAUGGAUCAGUUCCACAUGCGGGAAAUCCAUUCCUGCAAAGUCCUGGAGGGAGCCUGGGUUUUCUACGAACAUCCCAACUUCCGCGGCCGGCAAUACCUUCUGGAGAGAGGAGAGUACAACAAGCCUGUCGAGUGGGGGGCGACCUCCCCAGUGGUCCAGUCCUUCCGGCGUGUUGUUGAGUAAUGGACAGCAUGGUGUGUGCAACUGAUGUGAAAGCUGGCUUGAUGCAUAAAUAAAGUAUGUGAGGGCUU